AUGCGAGGACUCUGGCCAGGUCUGAGUGCGCGGUGCUUCCUCUCACGGCAGCUCCCUCCGCGGCCGCGGCGUCCGCCCGGGAUCCGACUGUUGAGCCGGCAGACUGAGGCAGCCGGCGCCCUAGAGCGGGCCAUGGACGAGUUGCUGCGCCGCGCCGUGCCGGCCACUCCGGUCUACGAGCUGCGCGAGAAGACGCCGGCGCCGGCCGAGGGCCAGUGCGCGGACUUCGUCAGCUUCUACAGCGGCCUGACCGAAGUGGCGGAGCGGGCCGAGCUGCUGAGCCGCCUGGCGCAGGGCUUCGGCGUGGACCACGGCCAAGUGGCCGAGCACAGCGCAGGCGUGCUCCAGCUGCGCCAGCAGCCGCGGGAGACGGCGGUGCUGCUGCUGGCGGAGGACCGGCUGCGCUACGCGCUGGUUCCUCGCUAUCGCGGUCUCUUCCACUACAUCAGCAAACUGGACGGCGGCGUGCGCUUCCUGGUGCAGCUGCGGGCCGACCUGCUUGAGGCGCAAACCCUCAAACUGGUGGAGGGGCCGCACGUCCGGGAGAUGGACGGGGUGCUGAAAAGCAUGGUCUCAGAGUGGUUCUCUUCCGGGUUCCUCAACCUAGAACGGGUCACCUGGCAUUCGCCGUGUGAGGUGCUUCAGAAGAUCAGUGAGUCUGAAGCAGUGCACCCCGUAAAAAAUUGGAUGGAUAUAAAGCGUCGUGUCGGACCCUACAGGAGAUGCUAUUUUUUUUCUCACUGUUCCACCCCCGAGGAGCCCCUGGUGGUUCUACACGUGGCCCUGACUAGUGAGAUCACCAGCAACAUCCAGGCCAUAGUGAAGGAAUACCCACCCUCAGAAACCGAGGAUAAGAGCAAAAUCGCCGCUGCGAUAUUUUACUCCAUCAGUUUGACCCAGCAAGGUCUGCAGGGCGUUGAGCUCGGAACAUUCCUUAUAAAACGUGUCAUAAAGGAGCUCCAGAGAGAGUUCCCUCACCUUGGGGCCUUUUCAAGUCUGUCGCCCAUCCCUGGCUUCACCAGGUGGCUCCUGGGUUUGCUGAGCUCCCAGAAGGAACACGGACGCAGUCAGCUCUUCACCGACUCUGAGGCUCAGGAGAUCACCAGCAUCACAGGCGGGCCCCUCGGCGAGACCCUCAAGGUCUUCCUCAGCGGCCACGACUGGGUGAAGUCCGAGAGACUGGUGCGGGCACUGCAGGCGCCCCUGAUGCGGCUCUGUGCCUGGUACUUGUAUGGCGAGAAGCACCGCGGCUACGCGCUCAACCCCGUCGCCAACUUCCACCUGCAGAACGGGGCCGUGAUGUGGCGGAUCAACUGGAUGGCCGACGUGAGCCUCAAAGGCAUCACUGGCUCCUGCGGCCUGAUGGUCAACUACCGCUACUACCUGGAGGAGACAGCCACCCACAGCACUGCCUACCUGGGCUCGAAGCACAUCAAGGCCUCCGAGCAGGUCCUCAGCCUAGUGUCCCAGUUCCAGAAGAACAGCAAGCUGUAG